AUGAGUCAUCUAACAGAUAACGCUGUUGAUCUGCCACGCCUCCCAAUCCCCUCACUAGACGCCACCUGCCAGCGCUACUUGAACAGUCUACAAGGCUUACAAUCUGCCCAAGAGCACAACCAGACCAAGAAUGCUGUUGACUUUUUCAAAAACAAUGAAGGUCCAAUCCUCGACAAGAAACUACGCCAGUACGCCAACGAUAAAUACAGCUACAUUGAAGAAUUCUGGGAUGAAUCGUAUUUAAACUACUCUGAUUCCGUUGUUCUCGCUCUCAACCCUUUCUUUAUCUUGGAAGAUGACCCCACGCCUUCUCGUGGGUCUCAGCUGAUGCGCGCAUCAAGUCUUAUCAUAUCCUCACUUGGCUUUGUCCAUGACUUGCGCUGUAAUCUUCUCGAGCCAGAUAACGUAAGAGGUGUUCCACUCGAUAUGUCUCAGUACAAAAGGCUAUUCGGCACUUCACGCAUCCCCACACAGAAUGGCUGCGUGAUGAGAACAAAGGGUGAUUCUAAACACAUUAUCAUUGCACGCAAAGGUCAAUUUUACUGGUUCGACGUCAUCGACCAUGAAAAUAGACCACUUUUCACCGAACAAGACUUGCAUCACAACCUCAAAUCCAUCGUCGAUGAUGCUGACUCUAAUAACUCCCUCGACGCGUCUGGCAGGUCGAUUGGUGUGCUUACCACCGAAAAUCGCAAGAUUUGGUCGUCCAAUAGGGAUUUCCUGGGCAAGAACACGGAUAAUGGCAAGAAUAUCGAUAUGAUUGAUCAGGCCCUCUUUGUCGUAUGUCUCGACGACAUUACACCCGAGACCACUUCCCAGCUAUGCGACAACAUGCUAUGCGGCACGAGUCACGUCAAAGAUGGCAUCCAGCUUGGCUCCUGUACGAACAGAUGGUAUGACAAGCUCCAAAUAAUAGUCUGCCAGGACGGUUCAGCGGGGAUAAAUUUCGAGCAUUCCGGUGUAGAUGGCCAUACCGUAUUGCGCUACGCCGCGGACAUUUACACGGAACUGGUGUUGCUAUUCGCAAAGAGUAUCAACCCAGUAGCGCCAACGCUAUUCCAAAGCAAGUUAUCGCCCUACUCGAAGAGUGCGAAAGGGGGCGCGCAACCAUACCCUGACCAUCUUGCACCACCCGCUACCGCCCCCCAACGUCUGGAAUGGGCCUACACGAACGAAAUCAAGCUGGCGAUUCGCUUCGCCGAGACGAGGCUUAGCGACAUGAUAUGCCAGAACGAAGCGCAAGUGAUGGAGUUCCCUCGCUACGGUAAGCUUUUCAUCACCAAGCAUGGUUUCAGCCCAGACGCGUUCGUGCAGAUGGCAUUCCAAGCCGCUUACUACAAUCUUUACGGUCGCACUGAGUGUACUUACGAGCCUGCUAUGACAAAGGCGUUUGCACAUGGGCGCACAGAGGCUAUUCGCAGCGUCACACCCCAGGCUGUGCAGUUCGUCCAGUCGUUCAACUCUGAUGCACCGCCAGGUGAGAAGAUUGCCGCUCUGCGUAAGGCUUGCGCAACUCACUCGGCACUCUCCCGCGAAUGCAGCAAGGGCGAGGGCCAUGAUCGACACCUCUAUGCAAUGUUGCGGAUCGCCGAGAGCGAGAGGGAGAAAGAGCAGGUGGCGCAGAAGAAGAACAACGCUACCAACAACACCCCUCCCACACCGCCUAAACCAUCUCUCUACGCUGACCCUGGAUACUCACUCGGAACUACAGACGUGCUGUCAACGUCCAACUGCGGCAAUCCGGCACUGAGGCUGUUCGGGUUCGCCAGUACAUCAGCCAGUGGGUUCGGGAUAGGGUAUAUAGUACGCGAUAGCAGCAUCUCGUUAUGCGUAAGCAGCAAACACAGACAGACAAACCGCUUCGUAGAAACUAUCCAGGCGUAUCUAGUUGAGGUGGAGCAGAUGCUCAUCGGGUUGCACAAAGAGGCUAAUCAGCGCAGCAGCUGGCAUGAAGAUGAGGGCGAUGCGUACACGUCCGGCUUCAGCUUCUUUGACGUGCCCGUAGACGUACAGGCUGAGCGUAAGAAACAGGUGUCUAAUCGCAAUGUCGGGGUGACGUUGGAGAUUGAUGAGUAUUAA